GGGACUAUAACGACAUUUGCCAUACUCGAUACAAUUCUAUUCGCCGGGGUUUCUCGAGUGGGCGGGCACUUGGGAAUGAACAUAUAUAAGCGUUCUAUCUUGGUAUCAGGUGUCUAGAUAUCCAUUCAUCUUUUGGGGAAACUCGAGAGGUGUCGUCGUUCGUGGUCGAUAUCAAUAACCAAACACAGGUAUAGAGAGAUAGGUAUCCCUUCACAAUGUCGUGGCCCUACCGCAUCAAAUUUCCCACGCCGGAAGAGAAGAUCCAAAAUCGGAUUCUCCUCGAUCGAUACGGUCUCUACGCCCAGCUUUCCAUUUUCAUCCCCGUUGUCUUGUACAAUGUCUAUCGAUUAGCAAUAUGGGUUUAUUCCGAGCGUCAACGAUCGAAAGUCGAUUAUGACGCCCUUCCCAGUUCUCCUACGUCAAAGAAGAAGCGGGCUUCGAGGAGUGCGGAGGGGAAGCGAAAGAUAAGAAGUGUGGUGUGGUGGUUAGGCGGGGAAGUGGCACCUGGUCGGGGUGAGAGGGGUCAGUGGAUUUUGGCGGGGUUGUGGGGGGCCUGGUUGGGAUUUUUGUGUGUGCAUAAGACGGGUGAUGAUUACUUUCAUAUAACCAAGCGAUUUGGUAUAGUUGCAGCAUCACAAUUCCCUGCUCAUUAUGCACUAUCCAUGAAGUCUUUAUAUUCACCGCUCUCCGUAUUAUUCGGAUCAUCUCAUGAGCAGCUUAACACCUGGCACCGAAUAUCCGGCCGAGUUAUAUGGACUCUUCUUGCCUGCCAUGCCAGCUGGUAUGCAAAUGGCUGGAUUCAGAUCGGAGUUUUAUACAUAAAAAUCACAACACCUAUCAUUAUCUGCGGUAUACUCUCUUUCUGGCUCAUCAAUCUCCUCAUUGUCACGAGUUUACCAAUUGUUCGUCGUUGGUCUUACCGGGUUUUCUUUACCAUUCAUCUUUUUGUCGCCAUCGCCAUAAUUCCUCUUCUAUUUUUCCAUGCCACUGCUCUCCGAAUUUACAUACUUGAAGCACUCGCCCUUUUUGUAAUCGACCUUGGCAUUCGCAAAUUCAACACCGUUAAAGCUUUCGCUACCAUAAAACCAGUCCCAGAAACUUCACUUGUCGAAGUCACCAUUCCAAUUACACCUUCAAAAAUCUCUCAAUUUCAAUAUGCUCCAGGUCAACACGUUUACCUAUCUAUUCCUCCGUCAUCCGUCCCUAAAUCCACAGGGUAUAACCGACAUCUCUAUGAAUUACUCUACAAUCCUUUCACUGUUGCUUCAGUCUCAGAUAGUCCUUCGCCACAAAUCACUCUAACAAUGCGCACUCUCAACGGGCCCACCACAUCCGCCUUAUCUUCUCUUUCCCAUCUCAGCAAAGCCCGACCGCCACUCAACAUCGAAGGGCCAUAUGGAACCUCUCGCAAAUUCCCCAAUCUAGCCGAGAAAUUCGAUAGAGUAUUGCUCGUAGCCGGUGGCGUAGGUGCUACUUUUACUCUCCCUAUCUAUCGAGCGGUAAAGCAAGAAAUGGAGAAUGAAGGUAGAAUAGCUAGUCACGUAAGAAUGAUCUGGGUUAUGCGAGAUGCAGCCGAGUCAUCCUGGGCACUGUCCUCCUCACCUCAAAACGAGAACUCAGAAGCCAAAAUCGAAAAUAAUCAGGGAUUAGAAUUAUACAUCACUUCUCCCCGUACCUCUCAUUCCACAUCCACUUCAUCGUUCGGUGAGCCUGGUAGUGUGGAAAUGCAUAGCUUGGCAUCUCCAUCUAGUAAUACGAAAUAUUCAAGGCCAGAUUUACGCGCGAUUGUAGAUGGAACCUUUUGUCAAGGAUUGGAGGAGAAAGUAGCAGUUCUGGUUUGUGGACCAACAGGUAUGGCAAGAGAGUUGAGAGAGCAUGUAGGAAAGUGGGUUGAAAAGGGCAGGGAGGUGUGGUGGCACGAUGAGGGGUUCGGAUGGUAGAUGGAGGAAGUUUGGGCUUGGAAUCUGGAGAAUGUGGGUUUCGGUUCGCAACAACUAUUGAUUGAGUGGUAAGAGCGUUUUAGUAAUCAAUCAGGGUGCGAAUUAUGCAAAUCUACUGUCUCGGGUCAUGUGUUUGCAUUUGAAUCAAAGAUGGAAAAACAAUGUUUUGUAUAUCGGAAGGUGAUUACUGUAGAUCAGAUGGAGGAGUCAAAUUUAGAUAUGGAAUCUUCAAUUCCGCAUACAAUAAAAUAAGGCUUUCUUGAAUAGUAUCUAGUAGUGUGUGAGCAGAAGGAAUACACAUAGGAUAUGAGCAGAAGCGGAGACAUGGAAUGGAGAAACUCAAAUUGUCAAUGAUGAUAAAAGUGAUAUCAAUACAAAUAUUUACACA